UGGACAGUUUCAUUUUCGCAAAUGUAGCUAGCGCUAGCUAGCUAGCUAGCACAUUGCUAACCAAUUGAUUAUCCAUUAUAGUUACUGCUAAUAUAUUAGCUAGCUAGCUAUUAGCCACGCACGCAACUCGCUAUUCUAGGUAACGUUUGGGUAGUUAGCACUGAACAGCCAGCGUAUCUAACUACCCAAACCCUGUCAAAAGCCAUGCCGAAUAUGUACUACUGAUCCCAAAUAGCUAAGUUUCUAGCUUGCUAGCAGAAGUCAUUCUUCAGUCCCUAGCCAGUGAUUACGAUGCAGAUUGCCAUCAGUUUUAAAUUAUUAUUCCUAAAGUAUUAACGUUAUUAACUAACCUACUGUGUUAAAUAAUGGCUAGCUAGGAAGCUAGUUAGAAUCAAAUGUUAGGAUGAGGAACCCUGCCAUGGACUCCAGCGAGCCCGGUCAGCUCUUUGAUGACACCAGUACCAGUGCUGGGCCACAGGGCGCUGGACACAGUGGCUUGGACAAAGGUCCAGUGGCCUAUACAGGACAGACCGUCCUCUCUGACCCCAUGUCCAACCUUGCCAUGGCCUAUGGGAGUAGUCUAGCCAGCCAGGGUAAAGAAAUGAUGGACAAAAAUCUUGAUCGUUUUAUCCCAGUCUCCAAACUGAAAUAUUAUUUUGCUGUGGACACCCUUUAUGUUGGCAAGAAGCUCGGACUGCUUGUAUUCCCCUAUAUGCAUGAGAACUGGGAGGUAUGCUACCAGCAGGAUACUCCAGUAGCACCACGCUUUGAUGUCAAUGCUCCAGACCUGUACAUUCCUGCAAUGGCAUUUAUCACAUAUAUUUUGGUGGCAGGAUUGGCCUUGGGCACACAGAACCGGUUUUCUCCAGAGUUCUUGGGGAUGCAGGCUAGCUCAGCUCUGGUUUGGCUCAUUAUUGAAGUGCUCGCUGUACUUCUGAGCCUUUACCUGGUCACAGUGAACACAGACCUGACCACAAUAGACCUUGUGGCAUUCUCGGGAUACAAAUAUGUUGGGAUGAUAGUAGGAGUGCUGGCAGGGCUUCUGUUUGGAAAGACGGGAUAUUAUCUAGCACUGCUGUGGUGCUGUGCUUCUAUCUUCGUCUUCAUGAUCCGAACACUGAGGUUAAAGAUUCUGUCUGAGGCAGCUGCGGAGGGUAUGAUCGUCCGUGGAGCGAAGAAUCAGCUACGCAUGUACCUAACAAUGGCCAUCGCUGCUGCACAGCCUGUGUUCAUGUACUGGUUAACCUUCCACCUGGUCAGAUAAGAACAGGAGCUCCAAAGGGAGAGGGGCCUUCCUGAAGCAAAUCACCACCACAAUGAGAACUUGACACUCUUGGUCUUGAGGGAGAGAGGGAUGAAACUAUUUGCACAAAUGUAAUAAAAGAAUAAAAUGGACAAGCAUCGCAAGCCUCACAGCAGUAAAUGUAAUUGUCCAAGCUGUCUUUUGUAUCGCAAACCUUGUUUUUUUUUUUAUGUAUGUCUCAAGAAGGCAAUUUGCUAUUUGUGUUUUUGUAUGAUGUACAGUGCAGUUGUUUAAUAUUUUAAAGCAAUGUGAACGUGUAAUAUGUGUAUUAAAAAAAGUCUAAUAUCCCAAACUGUCUUUGAGCCAGUCUGAAUGGUGUCCAAUUAGUUUGAUGCAAAAUUCCUGCCAUAACUUUGUUUCUGGCUCUGUAUCAUGACUAUAUGUAUACAUGUAAACUCUUCUCUACAACUGAUUUUAAACAAGAUGUUUGUUUUGUACCUGUUCUGUUAAAUGCUUUAAGAAUGGAGUCUGAAAGUGAAAGAAGACCUGUCUUUGCUAUUAAAACCAGUGAAAGCAA